AUGGUCAAAGAAAGAGAUUAUUAUGACAGAUUAGGGGUCGACCCUGGAAGUACUCAAGAUGAAAUAAAGAAAGCCUAUAGAAAGAUGGCAAUUAAAUACCAUCCAGAUAAAAAUCAAGGUGAUAAAACUGCUGAAGAAAAGUUUAAAGAGAUUAGUGAAGCAUAUGAUGCAAUUGGAGAUCCAGAAAAGAGAAAGAUGUAUGAUGACUAUGGAAAGGAUGGUCUCAAGGAGGGAGGAUUCCAAAGUCAUACAGCCGAUGAUAUUUUCUCACAAUUUUUCAAUAUGGGAGGUUUCUCUGGCAUGUCAGAUGAAGAUGCUGAUUUUGGUGGGUUUGGUGGUUUCUCUGGAUUCGCUCAUAGAUAUGGUGGAAAGAGAAGUAGAUCGGUUAAAGGUGCCGAUAUCCAUCAUGAAAUGAAACGUACUCUCGAAGAAUUAUAUAAUGGAAAACUUGUAAAAUUAUCUAUUAAUAGAGAUAUUGUUUGUACAACUUGUAAUGGUACAGGAGCAAAUAAACCAGGAUUAAAUUCAAUAUGUACAAAAUGUAAAGGUGCAAAGGUUGUAUUGGUAACAAAACAACAAGGUCAUAUGAUUACUCAAAUGCAACAAGCAUGUCCUCAAUGUCAUGGAACUGGAAGUACUCUCAAGGAAGAAGACAAAUGUCCAAAAUGUAAAGGCAAGGGAGUUACGGUUGGCCAAAAGAUUGUUCAAAUUCAAGUUGAAAAGGGUAUGAGAGAUGGUCAAAGAAUUGUAUUAAAUGGUGAAGGUUCUGAAUGUCCUGGAGGACCACCAGGAGACGUAAUAAUGACAAUUAGAGAAAAACCACAUGCAAUAUUCAAAAGAAUUGGAAAUGAUUUGGUAAUGGAAAAGAAGAUUAAAUUAAUGGAUGCGCUGUCUGGAAAUAGUUUUGUUAUUCCACAUCUAUCUGGAAAGAAGCUAUGGGUCAACUUGUCAAAAUCAGAUCCUCCCAAAACAGGUGACCAAAGAGCUAUUAUGGGUGAAGGUAUGCCUAUUCUACGUCAAGAAGGUCAUUAUGGUAAUUUGAUUGUUCAAUUUGAAAUUGAAUAUCCAGUCUUGACAGCUGACCAAAUAACCAAAUUAGAAGCUAUCCUACCCAAAACACCUGCACCAACAACCAGUAAAUCUGAUUGUAAAUCGGUUACUUUGGAAAAGAGAUUUACUCCAAGUAAAGAUCCACAACACCAUUCAGGUGGUUAUGACGAUGAUUUUGAACGUGGUGGUGGUCAUGGCAUGCCAGCUGGUAUCAAUGCUCAAAAUUGUCAACAACAAUAA